AUGAGUUCUUGGACGAAAAAGAAGACUUUCUACACUUCUACAGGUAUGUCUCUUAAUCAGUCUCUUUAUUGUCUUGCAAAACUUGAGCAGAAAUAGAAUUAGCCCGAGUUUCAGUCGCCCUCCUCCGUUCGCAAAUUCAGCCUAAACUAGCCGAAGCUACUAUUACCGAUAUGAACGCGCAGCCCUCUUAUUUGUCAGGUUUCUAACAGCUUUGUUCACGAUCUCCUAAGCUUGAAAUCGCAGGAUACAAAACAAUCAGUUGAGGCCAUGAAAAUAGUCUUUGGUAGCACAUUUAGUUCAGAUCCAUCAUCAGUUUAGCGGGAAGAGAAGCCUUCUGUUGUGGAUGCUGGCGCUCGCCGUUUUUGCGAACUGUUUUCUAACCAAAGCUCGAUCCUCUAGUUUCUGGAGUUUGAAAUCCUCUCAAUAAAGCAAUCAUUUGCGUGGAUGGAAAAUAAUUGAUUUCCUAAUGUUUUAGCAACAGACUAAACCAAAUAAGAAUGGAAUCUAUAGUUUUUUUGGCGCUUUUCGCCAAUAUAUUGGAGCCGAUAAAAACGAAAACUAUUUGAUUACAUUUUCUCCAUUUUGAAAUUAGCGAAAGGUUGAAGAAGAGCAAAAAUUGCAUAACUGAAAAUUAGCUUAGAAACUGAAGUAAUGACAAACAACCACGGCCGCAGUCGUGGAGGAAUUCUUUUCUCUAGGCGAUUUACAGCCCGUAUGAGACACAAAAAGUCAAGUGCAGUAGGUAUAAAAAAUUAUUUCUGAAGGGUUUACUUUGUUAAAUUCAGAAAAGACUUUGCAAAUAAUAAACAAUUACUUUACAGUAAAUAAAUCUUAGUAGCCCCAGUGACGUUAACUUUUUAGUAAAAUUCGCUGCAAUAGCUAGCUUUCAUCACUAGCGUGAAAUUCGUCCAAAAUUAACAUAUUUGGUUUAAAACAGUAAGUAAGGAGCCCCGUUGUUGUUCAAAAACAGACUAUGUCCGUUUGUCCGUAUCAAGUUAGAGGUCUUGUUAUUUGCGACAUUUUUACUUUUUUGAACUUCUUUACCUAUCCUGUUUUCAAUUUUGUUUGCAGCAAAUCACGAGAAAAUGGCCACUUCCCAAUUUAAAGUGUCGCUAAUUCUGUUAGUGUCUCUUGUAUUUACGACAUUAUUCUUUGCUUGUGCUACAAGUGGUAACAAAACUAAACAGUCAUCGUGCAACAUGGUAGGUGACUCGCUUAGUUAAAAACGAUUUAAACGCCUUCACUAAAAUUCACAAAUAAUCAGUUCGAAAAAGCUACAAAAUUUUACCCCAUCCAGUCACAUUCGUAACAGCUAACAGAAAUUUUGCAGAACUAAAUCACGUAUAUAGUAGUAUGAAAAAAAGGUCCCGAUACAUAACUGCGAGAUUUUUUUAGUUUUAUAUACACUACCAAACUAAUGCACCGGCGGACUUUGAAUUCUAUUUUUUUGCUUUUGCUUUUCUUUUUUUGUGUGUGUUAUACUGGCAUACAUCCCCACAUGUAGUAUAGGUUUUGUGUAACAGGGGCUCUCCCAAAAAAGCCCGCGGUAAGGUGUGUGUUUUUUUAUUCCGAACUCCUGCUCCCAUUCACAAUCUGUGUGAACCUAAUGCAUAAUUUUUCCUUCCAAUUUACCAGGCCCUUCGCGUCUAUUGUGCUGCAAUUCCCGAAAUGAAUGGCAAACCUGGUUCCCCUGGGAUACCAGGCCGCGACGGACGAGAUGACCGUGAUGGAGCCAAAGGUGACCAAGGUAUCCCAGGGAAAACUGGACCCCAGGGGCCUCCGGGACCUAGCGGAAACCUGGGGGCUAAUGGAAAGGAUUGCGUCAAAGGAGAAAGAGGCACGCAAAUGCAGAAUUUCAUGUUUUCCCGUCUACAUGUUGGUACGUUUUUAUGUAAAUAGUAGCAAAAAGCCUAAUACGUCGAUAUCCUUUACAGUGGCCUUUUUAAAUAUUUUUUAUGACAAUUUUGUUGUUUUUAUUUUCGGUAUGGAAAGCUGUGGAUAUACUUUUAAGAACCGUCUAGUGAGAGUUUUUAAAAGAAGAAACAAUACAGAUGUAUACAAACGAGUUCGGUUUUUGUAUAACCUGAUAUGUAAAGAAUUUACAUAAAUACAAAUUUCGUCGUUAGCUCUUUCUAUUUAGAAAUGUGGAAAUUCCGCUUUGAAAACAAAAUUUCAUUAUUAAGAAGAGCCGGAAUUAAAUAUAUGAAGAAACAUGUGUGUUUCUCUAUUGCCUUUGGUUGCCGUAGAGGCAAUUUUUACUGCCAUUGCACUGUAUCGAAAUGUGUGAUUCUUAUAUAUUAUGUACAAAAACUUCGCAAUAAAAUUAACAAAUUAACUGCGAUAUAUGUCUUAGUAAACCGAUAUACAGAGAAAAUAUUUGGGAAGCUUGGCCCCUUGCCGGCCCUGUACAUAUAAUAUGGUAAGUGAUUUGCAGGCGAAUUUUAUUUAUUUUUUUAACGUCAUAAAAAGCUAAAAAAAUUUGCAUCUGUUACAGAAAAACAAUAAGUUAUCGUUUGUCGUUUAAUUUAACUGCACAGUCAAAUGUGGUAAUUAUUGAGAUUUGAUUUUACAACACCAAGAUAUUGGGAUAAAUGGAAUUUAAUACUGUUUAAUACGCCCAGAGUUACUUUGUAAAACUAUUUAGCAGAUUAUUAUUACUCAUUACACAGUCAAGUAGAAGUACAUAGCUUUUAGGUAUAAAUCAAUUCCAGUACAUAAAAACAUCGUCCUGGUUGAUUGCAGUAUACAGAAAAUCUUCAGUGAGACAGAUAAUUUGAUUCGUCAUGUUAUGAACGUGAGGUAACGAAAAUAAAUUAUCCAAAAAGGAGUAAUUUUUGUAUUGCCGUAUAGGAAAAGCUAGGAGUAUUUAACUCUCGCUGUUGUUAAUGCAACACGUUACUUGUAUGUUUCAUAUGCUGUUCAUCAUAUUGCAGGAAAUUAUCGAAACUCCCAUCAAAAUGGCUACUUCGCAGUUUAAGGCGUCGCUAAUUCUGGUAGCGUUUUUUGGGAUAUUAUCCUUGGCUUGUGCUACAAGUGGCAGCAAAACCAAACAGUCCUCGUGCAACAUGGUAGGUGACUUGGUUAUACGUCUCAAUCUAAUAAGUCCGACAACGUAUGUAAAUUUCUGAAAAAAUGCUGAAAUGUCAUUUCUUUUAAGAUGUUCAUGAAAAAAUGGCGUAUUGAACAAACAAUCUUGGUUCAAAUUUUCACUGUUAACAGUGCUUCCUGUUUUAGUACGUAGCAGUGUUUUAGCGUUGAAAUAAGAUUCAAAAUGUAAUGGCUCUAAUCUAAAAGGAAAGAAGUUGUAGAGCUGCUCAAUUUGACUAAUGAUGUCAACCUGACGAGGCCUGUCAAUUGACAAAUAUGAACUUAAUCUAUUCUACUUUUAAUUUACCAGGCCUCUCCCGUCUACUAUGCUGGGAUUCCCGGCAUGCAUGGCAAACCCGGUUCGCCUGGGAUACCAGGCCGCGACGGACGAGAUGGCCGUGAAGGAGCCAAAGGUGACAAAGGUAUCCCAGGCAAGACUGGACCCCAGGGGCCUCCGGGACCUAGCGGAAAACCGGGUGCCAAUGGAAAUGACGGCGCUAAAGGAGAACGAGGGGCCCAGGGACCCCCAGGACAAAAGGGGGAACGCGGGGAGAGUGGAUUAAGAGGAACCCCUGGGAACCCAGGUCGGAUGGUUUUUAAGAACUGGAAGGAAUGCGUUUGGAAAAACAUCGAUGAUGGCAAAGACCACGGUCUGAUCAAGGUAAACACAUUUUCUUUACCCGUUCAUUACAUCAAGGUCUAAUCAGGGUUAAAGAGAAGUUUUUUAUUUGUUUUCAUAAAGAAGGAAAAAAUAAUAACCAUUGCCUAAUAACAAUAUAAAUUAUAACACUAAUAAUAAUACUAUAGUAAGUGUUUAUUGACGAUAUAUCCAUCACUAGAAAUAUGGCUCAUCACUUGUUAGUCACUAACUCACUAUCACUUUUAUACUUAUUUAAAAAAUCAAUUGGGUGUAGUUUAUCAUUACUCUAAAACAAUGAAAAAUGAAAUGAUAGUGAGACAAUAUCAUUAAAAAUCAAAGAAAAACUAAGGGACAAAAGAUAUAGAAGAAGCUUAAGAGCGUGAGCAGAUCAUGACCAGUUCUCAUUUCCCUUGCCUCUAAACACACAAGACUGUUUAGUGGUACAUUUUUACCAGCAUAUCCGUUUCCCUUUUUGCACAGGAAUGUGUGUUCAGCAAAAAAUUCUCCGACACAGCUCUUCAUGUAUACUGGACGGGUACUCUAAGAGUCUAUGCAAGCAGUGGCUGUAAACGCUGGUACUUUACUUUCAACGGUGCAGAAUGUUCAGCUCCCCUACCCAUUGAUGGUGUUGUGUACGUACGCAGCAAAACUGUAAACCCUCAUCGCGUCCGCCACAUUGAAGGCUACUGUAAUAACAUCCACAAAGGAAAGGUGCGCGUGGGAUUCUGGGUUGGUAAAUGCGAUGGGUACAAUGGAAACUAUGACGCCCACACUGGAUGGAAAGCUGUGUCCCGCAUCUUCGUAGAGGAGGUUACCAAAGCUCAAGCUUAG